AUGUGGUCCAUUUCAAAGUCACAAAAUGCAGUAUUUAUGAAACAGAAAGGCAGCAUAGUUGGAAAAGUGUGGGAUAUUGCAGCCGCCAACAACAAAGGAUGCAUCAAGAUAAUGAUGAAUGGCUUUGACAAAAUUGUGCGUCUUGAGGAGUUCAAUGCAGAAGACAAUGAAUACUCAAGCUUAUUUGCUGGACAUCUUAGCAGUAGAAAUUCAUUUGUGGAGAGAUGGAGGACCUUAAAAGAAUCAGGGCAAACCAAAACAACAUCAACAGUAAAAGGGACUUACUCUACGAUUGAUCCAUUUGAAUUCAAAGAUGAUGCAGCAUCUGAUAAACUAAGUGAUGUGGCUACACAGAAUUUAGUACCAGUACACGUAGAAGUACACAGACCAUCUAUCGCAGAUUGCUCUGAAGUGGGUGAUAUUUCUCCGGUAAUAGCAGAACCAGUAGAAGUCUGUGAAGAUGAGUUAAAUGUAUCACCAGAAAUAAGCCGUAGUGAAAAUGAGAGUACCAGCUUAUCAGGGAAAUCUCAUACAGAAAAUGGAAUUCUUGUGGAGGCCAUUCAAAAGAAACUUAAAGGCUACAUGGUACUCCCUGUGUCAGAGCUACGACAACCGUCUUUCAUCAACUUGUUAAGAGAACCAGAUCGUAAGCAUGUAAAGGAACUAGAGAAAGAAUUCCAAGAAAGACCAGGGAAUUACUUUCAGCUGAUGGUUGUUAAUGCUUGCGGUGACCUAAAGGAGGACAAUUUUGAGUCAUGCACUCUUGAGGUGAUAGGGGGAAAUCACUCCAGAGAGGCUCUUCAAAACAUAAUAUGUAAAGCCCCCAAUCCAUCUUUGUUUGAGAAGAGAAUGUGCAUCGUCUACACAAAUUUAAACCCUGAUGAGGCCAAGUAUGUUGCCAAUCAGCAUAACCAGGUCAGAAAGUUUGGUACUGACCUUGACCUGAUAGACAGAGCUGGCUGUUUCAGGUAUGCUCUGUUUGAAAAAGCUGGCUAUACAGAUGUCAAGGACACAGUUACUGAAAAGACCCCGGAACAAAAGGACACCAUUCAAAAAUGGAAGGAGGGGCUACAGCUAUGUGUCGGAGCAGUCAGUAGAAAAACUCUUAACAACCGAUUCAGGUUUGAAAUAAAGUUAGCACAACUUGACACGGAAAUUUGGAAAGAAUUUCUUGAGUUUCAUAAGAAAUUGAAAAAGGAAGUAAAGAAAGAGAAGAUCAGUGGGCGACUAUUAAAGCCAUUAAAUGGAAUUCCAUCAGGGGACUUGCUUAAAUUCUUGAAAGAGUACAAUGCAGAAACAAUUAACUUCAAGCAACUGAUCUCUCUCUGCAUGGAGUCAAAAUCCAAUGAAGCUAACAAAAAGGAUGAAAGGUCUGAACAAGGGACAUUGUUAUCAAGCUCUGAAGUAGAGACCUCUGUUGAGCCAAUGAAUGAUGGAGUAGAGGAAGAGGAGGCUAUGGAUUACACCAAAGUUAUUGAGGCAUUGAAGAGAACAGCAGCUAAAGAGAAAAAGAUCAAUGGCGAACUGAAGCGGGAGAAUGCCGAAUUAAAAGAGGCAUUAGAAACAUCAAAAAAGGAAAAAGCGGAUAUUAAAAAAGAUCUUGCACAAAGAUUGCUUACUGAGAAGAAAAUGAAUGAUGAAAUUCAGCAAUUAAAGGAAAAGCUUAAUCAAGUAACGAAAGAAUGUAGGAUUUUGAGGGAAAAACAAGGCAAGAUUACUAAAAGGAAAAUCACAUCAGCAGUGGAUGUCAUAGAAGACACUUUACCAGUGAUGAAAAAACCAGCCACUGAUGAAUGGAGUUUUAAGGAGGGACAGGAGGACCUAGAAGUAGGCAGGGUUGUGGCCAUUACACCAAUUCGCCAAAAAGAUGUUGUGGAUGGAGAACCAUGGUUGGCCUUGACAAAUGAAGUUGCCAAAGCAAAGAUCAAAGUGUCAUGGCUGCAAGGGAGCUACAACACCAGUUGGAUACCCAAUCCAGACUUUGAAGGAUGUGCUCCAGAUAGCAUCCCUAGGAAUAGGGUGGCAUGUAGCUUUAAGUUUAUCGGCGAUAAAAUCUUACCUGGCUACAUUGUAGAUAAGCUAAAGAAGAUAUUUAAAAAUUAAGACAUAAGAAAACCUAUGCAAAUAAGCCACAAAUAAGUAGUGACAAUAGUAUUGGGUACAUCAGUAUGGGUUUUCACUACCAUUAGAACUAGUUUCAUUAUGACAUGCCAGUGCAAUCUGUAUAGUGUGUUUUAUUAACUUGUAUUUUGUAAUCUAACAUUUCUUGCACUAAUUUACAAUACCAUUUGCUUAUAGCUUUGAGAAGAACGAACAAUGUUUUAUACAAACAAUUACUGGAUUGACAUCCAUGUGAAGUAUUUAAAGUCCAUCUUAUAAAUGAAUUGUACUUUGUAUAUGUCAUGCAAAGAAAUGAAAUUUGAUGAAUAACACAUUCAAUGUCAAUUUGUCAUAUUUAUUUUUUGUUAUUUGUGUUUAUCCAUUAAUGCAUUUGAAAUUGGGAGAGGAACGUUCCUCUCAAGAUUUUUUUGUUACAGAUUCAUGCAUUUAUUGAGUUCACUUAAAAUUGGGAGAGGAACGUUCCUCGCAGGUUUUUUUGUUAAAGAUUCAUGUAUAUAUUGAGUUCACUUCAAAUUGGGAGAGGAACGUUCCUCGCAGGUUUCCUUGUUUAAGAUUCAUGUAUAAAUUGAGUUCAUUUGAAAUUGGGAGAGGAACGUUCCUCGCAGGUCUUUUUGUUAAAGAUUCAUGUAUAUAUUGAGUUCACUUCAAAUUGGGAGAGGAACGUUCCUCGCAGGUUUCCUUGUUUAAGAUUCAUGUAUAAAUUGAGUUCAUUUGAAAUUGGGAGAGGAACGUUCCUCGCAGGUCUUUUUGCUAAAGAUUCAUGUAUAUAUUGAGUUCACUUCAAAUUGGGAGAGGAACGUUCCUCGCAGGUUUUUAUUUGUUAAAGAUUCAUGUAUAUAUUGAGUUCACUUGAAAUUGGGAGAGGAACGUUCCUCGCAGGUUUCCUUGUUUAAGAUUCAUGUAUAAAUUGAUUUCAUUUGAAAUUGGGAGAGGAACGUUCCUCGCAGGUUUUUAUUUGUUAAAGAUUCAUGUAUAUAUUGAGUUCAUUUGAAAUUGGGAGAGGAACGUUCCUCGCAGGUCUCCUUGUUAAAGAUUCAUGUAUAUAUUGAGUUCACUUCAAAUUGGGAGAGGAACGUUCCUCACAGGUUUUUUGUUAAAGAUUCAUGUAUAUAUUGCGUUCACUUCAAAUUGGGAGAGGAACGUUCCUCGCAGGUCUCUUUGUUUAAGAUUCAUGUAAAUAUUGAGUUCACUUCAAAUUGGGAGAGGAACGUUCCUCGCAGGUCUCUUUGUUAAAUAAUAAAGGAUCCAAAAGUU